AUCCCGGGAACAUCGAUUCUGCCAUAUCCUGGUUCGCCGAUUAAAGCACGACAAAAUAUGGUCGGCAUGUUUUCGGUGCGCUCCAUCUGGCCAACCGAUGAAGAACGGAAAGCCGCUGUUAGUGAGCUGUACAAUUUCAAAACAUUGCGUAAACGGAAAUGGCUCCAGGAUGUGCUUCUUGAGGAAUCAGAUUCGGAUUCGGAUGGCGAGUUCCCGUUCACUCUGCCUGAUUUGCACACCAUUGUGAAGGCAUUUGAAGCCAAGUUUUUGUGGUUGCCACCGCCACCAAUAGUUUUUGUUUCUGAUUUCCUUUAA